CAGGGAAUUGAACAAGCUGACGGUGAAGAAUAAAUAUCCAUUACCUAGGAUCGAUGAUUUGUUCGAUCAGCUUCAGGGGAAGACGGUCUUUUCUAAGAUUGAUCUCCGUUUGGGUUAUCAUCAGUUGAGAAUCCGAGAGGAGGACAUUCCGAAGACGGCUUUCCGCACUAGGUAUGGACAUUACGAAUUUCUGGUUAUGUCAUUCGGACUAACCAAUGCUCCUGCAGCAUUUAUGGACCUGAUGAAUAGAGUAUUCAAGGAUUUCCUCGAUAUCUGUGUGAUUGUGUUUAUCGACGACAUCCUCGUGUACUCUCAAUCAGAAGAGGAGCAUGAGUUACAUCUUCAGAUGGUACUGCAACGGCUUCGAGAACAUAAGCUUUAUGCCAAGUUCAAGAAAUGUGAGUUCUGGCUAUCUCAGGUGUCCUUCCUAGGGCACAUUGUGAGCAAAGAUGGGAUCAAGGUGGAUCCCGGGAAGAUCGAAUCCGUCAGGGAUUGGCCGAGACCGAAGACAGUGACAGAGAUCAGAAGCUUCUUGGGUUUAGCUGGGUACUACCGUAGGUUCGUCGAAGGGUUCUCUAAAAUUUCAAUGCCCCUAACCGAGCUUACAAAGAAAAAUCAGCGGUUUAUCUGGUCAGAUAAGUGCGAAGCUAGUUUUCAGGACCUAAAACAGAGGUUGAUUACCGCUCCAGUGCUAGCUUUGCCUUCGGACAAGGAGAAGUUCGUAGUUUAUUGUGACGCAUCCAAACAGGGUUUGGGGUGUGUAUUGAUGCAAGCUGAUCGGGUCAUCGCUUAUGCCUCCCGUCAGUUAAAGGAUUAUGAACAGCGAUACCCGACUCAUGAUCUAGAGUUGGCCGCAGUGGUUUUUGCAUUGAAGAUUUGGCGGCAUUAUCUUUACGGGGAAAAGUUUGAAAUCUACACCGACCAUAAAAGUCUCAAGUAUUUCUUUACUUAG